AUGGGUGUUUACGGCGGUCUAGGACCUAUGACAAAUGCAGUUCUUUGGGUUCACGUCGUUAUAUUUGCUGUCUUUGUGGGGCUAAGGCUCUAUACACGAAAAUGUAUCUUGAACGCUGUCGGUGCCGAUGAUUAUCUGGGCAUUCUUUCGCUGAUUCUGCAAAUUGCUUACACGGCUUUAGUUACCGAGGCAAGUCGCUACGGCCUUGGGCAAAAGCUUGCUGAUGUCGGGGACCCAGCGAUCUACUUUACAGCAGUCAAGUAUGAGCUGUUCAGCCAAGUGGCCGGGAUAAUGGUCAUUGGGGUAGGAAAAGCUGCUGUGGGAAUGUUUCUCCUUCGCAUCGUUCGGAACCACAUCCAGAUUUGGUUCAUUCGGGUCUGCCUUGCAAUCACUGCUUUUAUCACUGUUUUUGCCAGUAUCACGGUGAUCGUGCAAUGUACCCCGGUCGAAAGGAGCUGGAACCCAACUGUCAAGGGAACAUGCUGGCUGGACUUUUCUAAGGUUGGCUACACUGUUGGCUCGUGGUUUGUCGCCGCCGACUUCUCUUUCGCGAUUCUCCCAUGGUUCGUUGUCUGGGAUCUCAACAUGAAACAAAAAGAGAAAAUCACAGUGGCUUUAGGUCUUAGCCUUGGAGUCUUCGCUGGAGUCUGUGGAAUUGUCCGCACCGUGGCUCUGUCGGGGCUCAACGCGUCAGAGUACAUAUAUGAUACUGUACCAAUGCUUAUCUGGUCCGCAACUGAGAGUACCGUGACUAUUAUGUGCUCUACAAUCCCUGUUCUUCGACCUCUCUACAUUCGCGUCAGAUAUGGGAAGGAUGGCAAAGACAGCAGCACCCCUGGUAACUCUUCCUACAAAUUGCCCUUGUAUGGAAGUGGCCGGAAGUACGGCAUACUUUCGCUCCCCGGCCCUGGCUCCUCUAUUGUUGAACAGAAGAGUGGCACAUACCAAAGUACCAUUAUGAAGCACCAAAAAAGCAACACUAGCGACGAAACCAUUCUUCGUGGGGCUGCUGGCAUUGAGAGGAUGGACGAAAUAUCGGUCACCUAUGAGCCAUAUGGUAAAAAGUUCUAA